AAAAAAUGUCCGGGACUCCUCACCUCCCUUGCGAACCAGAACCGCCAAACGAACCCGACCCGACCCAACUCGCCCGCUGGUGCACCCGUAACAACUUCAACCCCUUCGCCGAUCCCAUCGACUCCCGCAGCUCCGACGGCGACUGGUUCUCCGACGCCGCCGAGGAUUCCGACCGUGAUGUCAGCUGCUUCGUCACCGAUCUCUUCGGCCGUCGCGCCUCCAAUCUUCCCACCGGCGCCGACUGCGUCCUCGUCUCCGGUCCCAAUCCAGUCGCGACAGAAUCAGAGACCGGAGUUGACGUCGGCGAUGGCGAUGACCUAAGGUCAAACUCCAAUUUGGGGCUAGGGUUUGGGGUCGAGUCAAACUCUCAGGGCUCCGGCUCUGAAUUCGGUGACUUUUUAGCCCCGCAAGGGCUUCGGGUUGCCGGAUUGGAGUCGGAUUCGGAUUCGGAGAACGAUGAAUUCGAGAGCAAUCGGGUCAGUCAAGGUAUCCAGUUGAUUUGGGACAGUAUUUUCAUGGAGGAGCAGAGAAAUGCGUAUGGGAAUCCUGAGUGGGAAGAGGUGACUGAGCUGCCGCAGAGGCCAGCUGACGGCGGAGGAGGAGUGGAGGAGCUUUCAGUAGCCUCAGGUUUCUCUAGUGAAGAAGAAGAUGAGGUCCCCGAGGGAGCGGUGCGAAGCAUCGAGUGGGAGAUACUGCUGACAGUGAACAAUUUCAGGAGGAAUGCGGAUGGUGUGGAGCUUGAUAUCGAGACCGCCGAGUACAUUGAGGCGAUUUUCGGCCAGUUUGUGGAGAAUGCUGCCAGUGGCUGCAGAGGCUGUCCUCCCGCGGCAUUGUGUGUCGUGGAGGAUCUUCCCUUUGUGGAGUUUACGGCCGAGGAGCUGAGCAAGGAGGAGGUGGUUUGCGCUGUUUGUAAGGACGAUAUUGUGUUGGAGGAUAAGGUGAGGAGUUUGCCGUGUUGUCAUUAUUACCAUCAGGACUGCAUUGUGCCGUGGUUGAGCAUAAGGAAUACGUGCCCUGUGUGUCGGUAUGAGCUGCCCACGGACGAUCCUGAUUACGAGAGGAGCAAGUGCGAGAGGGCUGCUCGUGGCUUGUCGUGGGAAUCACAGGUUAGGCUCGACUUUGAACGUUUUGUUUAAGUUAUAUGUGUCUAGAAUUGCUUUGUUCCAUGUAAAAAUUGUACAUAGUGUUUUCUUCGUACAGUGUUAUAUCAGAGUGAUAUAACUGAUAUUCAAGUUUGUUGCAUAGCCUUGAGUUAUGGUUGUAAUAAAAUUGUUCUGGAUAUGUUACUCUAGAAGGGAUAGUGGCCAUCAAACUAGGGAAGGUGUACAGUUGCUAUCCAAUCUCUCUGAACUAAAUGUAUGAUACUCCAUAUUUCGGUGUUAUUUGAUAUGGUUAAAGAA